AUGCGCAUUCAUCAUUUCCAUAAUUCAAACGUCUUCACCUCGUCGUUCCUCUGCAGUACUCAUCUGGAGAAGAGCCUGCAGAUGCUGAUGGACCGCGUGGACGACAUGAGUCAGGACAUUGUCAAGUACAACAACUACUGCCGCAGUCUCAGCAAGCAACAGCACCAGAAACAUCAGUACAUUCAGAGACGGCAACAGGAGAAUGCGCAGAGACAGAGUCGAGGAGAGCCUCCGCUUCCUGAGGAAGACCUGAGCAAGAUGUUCAAACCUCCUCAGCCACCUCCACGAAUGGACACCCUGCUCAUUGCUA